GCGUUCUACCUAUGCUUUCGGAUUUUGCCUUCCUCUUGACGGAUGAGGAAGGUAAAUCAAUUCCUCUUAUCAAUCGGGACACAGACAAAUCUUGUUAAAAUGUUCUCAUCGAGGGGAAUAAUCAAAGCUUCCCCGCACUUCACAAUGCUAAAGUAAUUUCUAUUGGGGCAAGAUAACUGACUACGAAAUCACGCCAGCAGUGCAACUCUCUACGUAGAUUGUGUAUCCUGACUCUUCUCCUCUUUGCAGAGUCUAUAACUAUCUGCUCUCCUGAUCUCAAUUAUGUGUGCUUCACCCUCCUUCUCAACCCCAGAAAUGACCGGGAAAGUCAAGAAGCGCGUUCUCUGCGGCUAUGGAGUUGAUAUUGAUGCCGUGGCCGGAUGGUUAGGCUCAUAUGGUGGAGAAGACUCGACCUCAGACAUCAGUAGAGGUUCGUCAUUCAAUUUCACAACAAUGUCGUCUUCUAUUUUCAUUCUCGAGAUCUUUUCCGUGAAUCCUUCUUACCAGAGGUGAUUCAAUGCUUGUGAGAAUUGAAGCUUCCAAUUCUCGAAGGAAAAGUUAUUCCUAUUAUCCGAUUGAUUCGUGAACAAUCAAACUUACACUAUUCAGGCCUGUUCGCUGGUACAAUCGGUGUUCGUCGUCUUCUCAAGCUCUUUGAGAAGAACAACAUGAAGGCAACUUGGUUUAUACCGGGUCAUUCCCUUGAGACAUUUCCUGAAGAAUGCGCCAUGGUCCGGGACGCAGGGCAUGAGAUUGGUCUCCACGGAUACUCUCAUGAAAAUCCCAUUGAUAUGACGCUUGAGCAGCAACGAGAUGUUCUUGAUAAAACGUACAGGUUGUUAACAGAUUUCUGUGGAAAACCUCCAAGGGGAAGUGUUGCUCCAUGGUGGGAGACAAGCAAGGAAGGAGCGGAACUUUUACUGAGCUACGGAAUUGAAUAUGAUCAUAGCAUGAGCCAUGAUGAUUGUCAAAUGUACUGGUUAAGACUCGGAGAUACUUGGACCAAAAUUGAUUAUAGUAAGAAGGCAGAAGAGUGGAUGAAGCCACUUGUCAAGGGUGUACCAUCUGGCAUGGUGGAAAUUCCAGCUUCAUGGUACAUUGAUGACUUACCUCCCAUGAUGUUUAUCAAAAAGUCACCCAAUAGUCACGGAUGGGUGGACCCGAAAGUUGUAGAACAGAUGUGGCUUGAUCAUUUCGACUACUUUUACGAGAAUUACGAUGAAUUCGUUUUCCCUAUGACUAUUCAUCCCGAUGUUUCAGGGCGACCACAUGCUUUGAAGAUGCAACAAAGGUAUGCAAUUGCUCCUCUUUCUGUUGUCUAGGGAUUUUUCGAUUUUUCUUGCAUUCUUGGCAUUUUGAUCUCGCCGGCAUAUAGUACUUUCAUACAUUCGGCAGCACGCUAACAAUAUGCAGGAUCAUUGAUCAUAUUAACAGACAUGAUGGAGUUGAAUGGGUUACAUUUGAGCAAAUGUCUGAUGACUUCAAAAGCAAAAACAAACCCGAGACAGGUGCAAGGAUGCCAGCUGCACCAGGAGAAAUUUUGGAGAGAUAGGAAAAAGAAAUGGCUCCGGCGACCCUGUGACGCGUGUAUGGGGGAUAUCGAAGACAAACAGUCAUCCUUCAGGAUAUAGUCCUGUCGAUUUUACAUGUUGCCUUGUAAGUUAGUUGAUCCUUGGGUCGACGAUCUAUACCUGCAGAAAUCAUGUCAGUUUGAUUAGAUUUUGGAGGAAUGAAAUGUAUCGGAAUGUUUUAAGAAAUAAAAUUUCCUCGUUUUUAAUAGUUUAAUCUUUCAGGUAAGUUGAGCUUUUGGGACUGGUAAUGCCUUGGAGUGAAUAGCUCAACUAACCAUUAAGGGGGCUAGAAAUAAUGAGUGCAAGGUACGUGAAUACUGAUACAGCGGACAAGCGAAUGCAUAGCUUGAUACUUUCGCGCGCACAAUAUUUAAACCAUAUCGUUCAUUAGAACACCCCUAAAAAUACAAAAAUAAACUACAAGAUUUAUCAUUUCCAUUGUCUGGCAUCUGGAAAUACAAUGACUUCAGAGAUGUCACUCUCUGGCUGGCCCAAAAGACCAAUACUCGAUUACACGAAAGACAAUAGUGGUUCCUUCACCUGCUUGGGAACAGGAUCUCUAGAUGCGCCAGACACCAAAGUAUACCAUAUCUCAAAGUUGCUUCUGGCUUACCAUUCUCCACAUUGUAUGUACCCAUCCUCUAAAUGUUUACAAAACUUCUACACCAUUAGCUCUUCAAUCUAAUUCUCGUCUAGUUCGCAAAUUCUCCGAUUAAGAAUUGGAGUUACAUAAUUUUAGUCUUCAGGUUAAUGGAGCCUUCGAAGGCCAACCCCAAGGUAUUUCUGUCGCAUCGUACAGUAUAUGAAUACUGGCUCGAUCAUUAUGCCAACCAAGGCCAUUAAUGACAUGGUUGUCUCUGACUGCAGCAAUUGCACAUCCGCAUCACUUGAAAAACGCUGCAGAGAUGGCCUCACCCUUUCGACACAUGCACACAUUUGGUACCUUGCAGGUUUUUCAUGAUUCCGCAUUGCCAAAAUGUCACUAUCGACCAUAUGUACAGACCUCUCUCUCGUAUCGCGACUCAGAAUUAUACCAAUGGUGAUUUUUAUGGCGACAGCUUUUGUCAUCACAGACUCCAUUAAUAUGUGUUAAAUUGCCCAUGCAGCUAAACCAGCUGCCAGCUACAUUCAACGAGUUAUGUCACCUGGUCGGGCAAUUUUGCGCCUCUCAUGGUGUCUAUGUUAAAUGGACCCGAGAGCAACGUGAUUUUAUACCAAGAAUGUUUCUCGAUUUUAGCAUUAUACUUUUGUAGGAACAAGACCAGAUAUUUAUGGAGAGAUAUGCCGCAGAAUUACAUGGAAAUUUGGUUCGAGAUGCUGUUAUGGAUGCGGUCGGAGAAUUUUUGUGGAAGAUACGAUCGAUGGAGGGGAUGCUAAGGAUGGAUUGAAUUCCUCCUUUGAUUUCUAUUGAGAUAAAGAGUCAAGGAAAAAGGCGUAGAAAAUUGGGUAUUCUUUUCGAGACCUGGAAAAGACAUCGAAAUGUCAGUCUUGGCCUGCUUUUUGGCUAUGUAAAUUGAGAAAUACGGUUAUCGCUUCUCACUUCACCUCCUCUGGACCGGGAUUUAUUGAAUUGAUAGUCUUUUGAGGGCAAGAUGACAUAGUUAUAUUCAUGAAUUUCAGGCUUAUAUUAUGGUCUUUUACUUAUUUGAGUUUGCUUGUUCGUUCAACCGUUAAACAGCAUUGAGCUGUGGUUUGCAACUACGAGUAGCUACCUAGCUCAUGUCUACUUCACAUCAUCCCCUACUCAGACCCGGGAGUGAAAACGACGGGGAAGUAUGGCGAGUUUACUGAGCCGAGAUUAGUUCAUGCUUAGCCAAGUUGCUUCCAAUAUUUAGUGGUUAGGCUGGGUUCCAAUAACGAAAGAUUUCAAAUUUUGACUUUGUAUAAUAU